CUACAUUCAAGGUGUAGCAUGGGCUCCAUUAUGAUCUUGAGGUCCCUACUAGGGCGUCUACAAGUAUCACGUGGUAUUUUCCGUGUCCUAUCUGGCCCUACUCUACUUCAUCGGUGCCAGGUACUAUCGUUUGCCUCCAAGUCAAAAAAGGCCCCAAAGGGCAAGGGCGUAGCUAGGAUCCAGGAAGAUUGCCCUGAUGAAGAUGUUGAGUUGUUUGACAUUGAUGAAUAUUUAAGCCAGAUUGCGGAAAUCGAACGCGAUGCGCUUGCUGCUAUCAGUUCCCUUAAACCGUGUGGCCUAGUUCUUGAUGAGCUUGAGUCAAUGGAUAUCAGUGGCAAGCCCCUUGGCGACUUGGCUCAUAUUGUUGUGAAAUCGCCCAUUGUGGCCCACGUACACGUAUUCGAUACAAAGCUAAAGAGUCGUGUUGUAAGGGAGCUCACGCUUGCUCGUGAAAGCUGGUCUUUACAUUCUGACGAGGGCGACCUCAUAGUAAUUCGUUGCCCUAGUCCCACUUCAUCGCAGGUUAUUAAUCAAAUUAAGCAUGAUGCCAAUGCGGUUAUUGAUGCUCACCAACGACUGCUGCAGCGUGUGCUUUCUAAGGCUACCUCUAAGAUUAAGCAGGUCAAUAUCGGUAACAACUGGCACCGUAAGCAGACUGAGCAGUUAGAAUCCGCUGCUAAGCGUAUGAGGGAGUCUAUGAAAUCCGCUCUCAAGGACUUGUCAAGUCAAUGUUAGUUAUAGUCUAAGGGAUGUACUUAUGUAAUCCAUUUAGGCUAGAGGUAUAA